UAACACAUGUAUUUUGAAGCUCCUAAUAAAUUGAAGAACUCUCCAGCAUAUUCCAGAACGUUCUUACACGACUACGGAGUUCUUCGUACUUUAAAAGUUUAAAAGUAAUAGGAAAUUUGGGAAGGAAACGAGUCGACGCGCCCAUAAUCAACGGAAGAAGAACACUAGAACAGCAAACCAAACUCAAAAAGGGUUUUGCAAUUCCUCCUUCAUCAAUAUCUGAACUUUCUCACGAAAUUUUCCCACAGAAUUCAUGAAUCAAGACAAUCCCAAUUGGGACGGGCUUCUGAAAUGGAGUCUCUCUCACUCCGACGGUACUCAACCUCAACGCCAAUUAAGCAAGGAGGACCGAAAGUGGUUUAUGGAAGCCAUGCAGUCACAAACAGUUGAUGUUGUCAAGCGGAUGAAAGAGAUAACUCAAGUUAUGAAAACUCCAGAGGAAGUCUUAGAUUCCCAAGGAGUCAGUCCUGGUGAUAUUGAAGAUAUGUUGGAUGAGCUGCAAGAGCAUGUGGAGUCGAUUGAUAUGGCAAAUGAUCUUCAUUCAAUUGGCGGGCUGUCUCCUCUGCUUGGUUAUCUUAAGAAUCGCCAUGCAAAUAUUCGAGCAAAGGCUGCAGAUGUUGUGACGACCAUUGUUCAGAACAAUCCUAAGAGUCAACAGUUAGUGAUGGAAGCAAAUGGCUUUGAACCUCUACUGACCAAUUUCGCUUCAGACCCUGAUAUGAAAGUGCGUACACAGGCACUGAGUGCCUUAGCAUCUUUGAUCCGUUACAAUAAACCUGGCACUGCAGCAUUUCGCCUUGCAAAUGGUUAUGCAGCAUUAAAAGAUGCUUUAAGCUCCGACAGUGUUAGAUUUCAAAGGUAUCCACCUUUUAUGGAGAUGAAAGCACUGAAUUUACUUCAUUAUCUUGUACGGGAAAACCAAUCUGAUGGUUUUGUGGUAACUGAACUUGGGUUCCCCCGUAUCAUGAUUCACCUUUCCUCUAGUGAGGAUGCGACUGUUCGAGAAGCUGCUCUACAGGGUUUGCUGGAGCUUGCACGUGCAAAACUUGAUGAGACCACUGGACAGCAGUCAAUAGGCGAAGAUGAUAAAUUGAAGCAGCUCCUUGAAGAACGUAUUCAAGGCAUCAGCUUGAUGUCACAGGAAGAGCUUGAGGCUGCCAAGGAAGAGAGGCAACUGGUUGACCAAUUAUGGAAUACUUGUUACAACAAGCCUAGUUCCCUGAGGGAGAAAGGUCUUCUUGUACUUCCAGGCGAAGACGAAGAUUUACCUCCACCUGAUGUUGCCAGCAAACACUUUGAACCUCCUCUUCGAGCUUGGGCUGCCAAACGCGAACCUGAGAAGUCUUCUGAGCCUGAAAAGAAAGAGGCUCCUUUGCUCUUAGGUCCUAGUACUACUUCCACUUUAGAGAAUAGCUCUAAUGGAAGUGUUGAGAAUGCUGAGGCUAGAAACGUUUCUUCCUAGGCUGUUUUGCUUACUUUUCUUGGCUUUACCAUUAUUAUAAAGAUCUUGUUUUGAACCUUCAUGUUUUAUGCUAGGCAGGAACCAAUGUACCAUAGUGAUGACAAAACUUGACAAGUAUUUUUGGACUUGUUUCUUUUAAUAUGUUAUCGUUCUGUAUUUGAACUUCA